CCGCAUUUUCAUUAGGGGACAUUUGUAGCGCGACUCUGUCGCUCGACACGAAAUUCACGUGUCUCGCGCGAUGUCGCCCGACGUCGUCCGACGUCGCUUGGGACAUUUACGGGUCGCGCAACUUGUCGCUAGUCGAUGGUCUGCGAGCGUCGACGCGCGCGACUUUCGUGUCCCUCGACAGUCGCCGGACAGGCUUUGAGUGGUGAAAACGUGUGUCGCUUUGUGUUGCGAAAAUGGCAGUAGUGUGGUCCAACGAGAAUAUAUUGACCCUGAUCGAGAUGUAUCAAAAUUCGCAAUUAUUGUGGGACACUUCACAUCGUGAUUAUAAAAACAAAAUUAAAAAAAAUGAUGCAUGGGAAUCUAUCGCGACUACAUUAGAUAUACCUAGAAAAGACGUCGAGGGAAAAAUGCAUAACUUAAGGUCUCAGUUUCUCAGGGAGAGAAAAAAAAUUGCAAGCUCAAAAUCCACUGGAAGUGGAAGUGGGGAUGUUCACAAAAGUACCUGGUUUGCGUAUGAUUCGCUGCUUUUCCUAGUAAAAGGGUCGACAAGUUCAGGCAGUAUGGACACUAUGAAUACUCAGUCAUCCGAAAGUUCGGUGGCACUCGAAGAAAUACCAGUGGCAUCGCAAGUAUUAACGCAACCACCAGAGGCAUCAACGUCGCCGCCAUUACCAACUCAACCAAUACCGGUGCCGCUUCCAAAUACUCAAAAUAAAAGGAAAAAAGAUGAUCUGAGUGAGGUAUAUGAAAUAAUGAAGAGCGCAAAAGCCAGGAUGGAUCAACCAAAAGACGAAUUUCAAGUUUACGCCGACUAUGUAGCUUCUGAGUUAAGAAAUAUAAAGAAUGAACAUGCUGUGCUACAGGCGAAGUACUUUAUUAAUAAUAUCUUAUUAGAGGCUAGGAUGGGAAAAUACAACUAUGCAGAAUACCAAACGGGAAGUAAUUCAAGCCAUACUCAAAGUUAUGGAUACCGUUCUGCUCCUCAACAGUCAUCCUAUUCGACAAAUUCUGUUAAUGAUGAUAUAGUAACUGCUAAUGCUUCUCAUGUUAAUAAUGAUAAUGAAGCACCAACUGCACCAACUUUCACAGAAUUACGACAAAUUGAGAAUAUUGAAGAACUAGUUUCCCGCUUUGAAUCAGAAACGCAGAACAAAGAAUAA